CUGUGCACUUGGAGUGAGAACAGCGCCUCCUGCAGGCUGAAAAGUGAAUCACUUCCUGUUCAGGGUACUUGCCCUGCCCCUGAGAUCUGGAAGAUAGAGCCGGUGAGCGGACCUUUGCAUGGCGGCACUUUGCUUACAAUCCUCGGACGCAAUCUGGGCAGCCGCUAUAGUGACAUCGCGGACAAAGUGGCGAUCGGAGACGUUCCCUGUACGCCCAUCGCAGACAGAUACCUGGUGUCACAAGAGAUCGUCUGUGUGACAGGGAUGUCUGCUCGUGAGCUGAGCGAUUGGGUGACCCUGGAUAUUAAUGGGGGGGGACACUCAAAAGAGAAAUAUUCCUUUAUGGUUCCAAAGAUCUAUUCCAUGUUCCCAAGUCUUGGCCCAAAAGCUGGAGGAACCAAAGUUACUAUUUCCGGGAACCAGCUUGACAUCGGC